AAACCAAAAGGCAUUGAGGGCUUGCUUCCGUCUCCAACUCAUGCAUUUCGGAAAACCUGAAUUCUCACGCUGCUCUCUUAUCUGAAUUCGAGACCCUCCUCGCAGCGCAUCUGAGCGGAUUCUGGGUUCAUCUGGUUGUGAGUGGGCGCUUCUGUUGAUUUCUGAUUCUCGUGCGGUGUGCAUCAUUUCUCUCUCUCUACGGGCGACAAUCAAAACUCCGAUUCAUGCUUGGGUUCUUUGUUGAGGGUUUUCUUAUGCCAAAAGGGUUUUGGGUUAUUGGUAAUGCUGCUUGAAUAGGUUGCUUAUGGGUCUUGGGCAAUUGGGUUUCGAGAGGCGAGUUUGCUCGAUCGCUUUGUGCGUCGUGAGUUCAAGUAUUGGCUUUGCUGGUGUUUAUAAUUUUUUUUAGAUGAUGGAUUGUAUAUUUGAGGUUGAGAAUUAGUGGGAGCUUGGGUUUUUCCUCUGUUUGAUCAAAAACAUGAGUCGUAGGCUGCGGCGGAAGGUUUCCAGGAAGGGAAAGGAGAAGGUGGUCGCGCAUAGCUAUACUGAAUUUGAGGAGGAAGUUUCAACUUCGGAGCGAAAUGGGGAUGUGGAUUGGACUUGCUUGCCCGAUGACACAGUGAUUCAGCUGUUUUCCUGUCUGAAUUAUCGUGACAGGGCGAGCUUGGCAUCGAGUUGUAAGACAUGGAGAUGCUUGAGCGCAUCUUCUUGUUUGUGGAACUCAUUGGAUCUUCGAGCGCACAAGUGCGAUUUGGCGAUGGCAAGUUCACUCGCUUCUAGAUGCAGGAAUCUGCAGAAGCUCAGAUUUCGAGCUGAGUCGGCUGAUGCAAUAAUUUUUCUCCAAGCUAGGAACUUAAGAGAAAUAAGUGGUGAUUACUGCAGGAAAAUAACUGAUGCAACUCUAUCUGUAAUUGCUGCGAGACAUGAGUUGCUCGAGUGCCUUCAACUUGGCCCUGACUUCUGCGAGAGGAUCACUAGUGAUGCUAUCAAACAGAUAGCUUUCUGCUGCCCUAAGUUGACUAAACUUCGGCUUUCAGGAAUUAGGGAUGUGCAAGGUGAUGCCAUUAAUGCUCUGGGAAAACAUUGUCCAUAUUUGAUUGAUGUUGGGUUCUUGGAUUGUCUGAAAGUUGAUGAGUUGGCACUGGGAAAUGUGGCAUCUCUUAGAUUUCUCUCAGUUGCCGGGACAUCAAAUUUAAAGUGGGGUGUGGUUUCACAUGUUUGGCAUAAGCUACCUAACUUAGUUGGGCUGGAUGUUUCUCGAACUGAUGUUGGUCCGGCAGCUGUUUCAAGAUUGUUGAACUUAUCCCUAAGCUUAAAAGUUCUGUGUGCCUUGAAUUGUCCUGUUCUAGAGGGAGAUGUCAAUUUUAUUGUGCCCAAGAUUAAAGGAAAAUCAUUACUCGCUCAUUUUACGGAUAUCUUUGAAGGGAUAGCUUCUUUAUUUGUCGAUAUCACGAGCAAAGGGAAGACAGUAUUUUUGGACUGGAGAAACUCAAAGAAAACUCAUAAGUGCAUGGAUGAGAUGAUGAGUUGGUUUGAGUGGAUUCUAUCACAUUCGCUUCUACGAAGUGCAGAGAACAAUCCACAGGGUUUAGAUGAUUUCUGGUUGAAGCAAGGAGCUCCAUUAUUGCUCAUCUUGAUGCAGAGCUCUCAAGAAGAUGUGCAAGAGAGAGCAGCAACUGGACUUGCAACUUUUGUUGUCAUUGAUGAUGAACAUGCUAGCAUUGAUCGAGGAAGAGCUGAAGCAGUCAUGCGAGAUGGAGGCAUACGCCUCCUCCUAGACCUUGCUAAAUCUUGGCGGGAAGGGCUACAAUCAGAGGCUGCAAAGGCUAUAGCAAAUUUGUCUGUGAAUGUCAAUGUUGCAAAAGCUGUUGCAGAAGAAGGUGGAAUCGAUAUUCUUGCCAGUUUGGCGAGGUCAAUGAACAGGCUGGUUGCUGAAGAGGCAGCUGGAGGUUUAUGGAAUCUUUCUGUUGGAGAAGAGCAUAAGGGUGCUAUUGCUGAGGCUGGUGGAGUAAAAGCUCUAGUUGAUCUUAUAUUCAAGUGGUCCUCUGGUGGUGAUGGUGUUUUGGAACGUGCAGCUGGUGCUCUGGCAAAUUUGGCAGCUGACGACAAGUGUAGCAUGGAAGUCGCACUGGCUGGUGGAGUGCAUGCUUUAGUUAUGCUUGCUCGCAACUGCAAGUUUGAGGGUGUUCAGGAGCAGGCUGCUCGGGCCUUGGCUAAUUUAGCUGCUCAUGGAGAUAGUAAUGGUAAUAAUGCAGCAGUAGGGCAAGAGGUGGGUGCUCUUGAAGCACUAGUUCAACUGACAAGAUCUCCCCAUGAAGGUGUCAGGCAAGAAGCUGCUGGUGCACUAUGGAAUCUGUCUUUCGAUGACAGAAAUCGUGAAGCCAUUGCAUCAGCAGGUGGCGUGGAGGCCUUGGUUGCUCUCGCACAGACAUGUUCGAAUGCCUCCCCAGGUCUACAAGAGCGAGCAGCUGGUGCUCUUUGGGGAUUAUCAGUUUCAGAAGCCAAUAGUGUUGCUAUUGGUCGAGAAGGUGGUGUUGCUCCUUUGAUUGCUCUGGCUCGAUCUGAUGCUGAAGAUGUCCAUGAAACUGCCGCUGGUGCUCUAUGGAAUCUUGCUUUCAACCCUGGUAAUGCUCUCCGCAUAGUGGAGGAAGGGGGAGUUCCUGCUCUUGUUCAUCUUUGUUCUUCAUCGGUCUCCAAAAUGGCACGUUUCAUGGCUGCAUUAGCUUUGGCAUAUAUGUUUGAUGGCAGGAUGGAUGAAUAUGCAUUGGUUGGGACUUCAUCAGAAAGCACCUCUAAGAUUGUGAGCUUAGAUGGGUCCAGAAGGAUGGCUUUGAAGCACAUUGAAGCUUUUAUCCUCAUGUUUUCUGAUCGGCAAGCUUUCACUGCUGCAGCUGCAUCGUCUGCUCCUGCAGCAUUAGCAGAAGUGACAGAAGGGGCUCGUAUUCAAGAAGCGGGACAUCUCAGAUGCAGUGGAGCUGAAAUUGGAAGAUUUAUCUCCAUGUUAAAGAAUCCUUCUGUACUCAAAGCAUGUGCAGCAUUUGCCCUUCUCCAGUUUACCAUUCCUGGUGGCCGCCAUGCUUUGCACCAUGCGAAACUUAUGCAAAAUGCUGGAGCUGCUAGAGUUCUGCGAGCAACAGCUGCUGCUGCGACUGCACCAAUUGAGGCAAAGAUAUUUGCAAGAAUUGUACUUCGUAACCUGGAGCACCACCAGGCAGAAUCUUCAAAGGGGCUUUGACAUAUUUGGCAAGCUGAAAAUUUGUCCAUAGCAACAGAACGAUGCUCCAUGACUUUGGCCUCUAUACUUCCAUUUGUUAGAAGAGCGAGAUUAGCUACCCUUUUCAUCCAAAGGGCAAGAUUGUUAUAUAUGAUUUUCUUCUUUGAUAUUUUAUUUUUUUUUCCUUGACGUCCUUAAAAGAAAACUAUACCUGCUGAAAGUACAUUCUGAUGGUGUAUCGGUGUUGUUAUUUUCCCUCACCUGUAUGCAUCGAUACAGAUCCUAGAUAGUCAUAGAGAGUGUUUCUUUUUAGACAUGGAAGUAGCUGUGAUAUGGUGUUGUGAAAAUUGCGAGAACAUUUUCCUUGGUGAAGUAUUAUUUGGAGACAAUUGUUGACA